AUGACGUCCAUCGACUCGACGACACGUUACUGUGCCAUGCGGCCGUCCUGUUCGCAGGAGCCCGAGCACGACGACAACGAAAUCUGCAGCUCAUCAUCGACGACGAGUGCGAGGAAAUGCUUGCCGAAUAGGACAACGCCGAAGACAGCUGGAUAUGUAGGUUCUAGCGGCUUUAACUAGCUUUGGUUCACCUUUAAAUGUGCCUAGUUUUCGAAGUCUAUACGACGCUUUUCAAUUACUAAUCGGCAUAUUGCUUUAGAGCCUCCCAUCAGUCAAGUGGACCUUUUUGUUAACCCUUUUGUGCAGUCUUGCCAACCCCAUCUUCAGUCGGCACGUUGAAGGGGCCAAACUAAAAGACGAAUGCUUCCAUCGGUACCAAAACAAAGACCAUCACACCAGUCUGGCGGAGUGGAUUCACCGCAAAAACACGUCUCACUAUUCACCAAUCAUCCCCAGUUAUUCUCAAGCCCUGAUCAAGAUUGAGGUAAGUCAACAGUCUUAUAUGAAAACUAUAUAUGAAAACUACAGAGGGGGGCCUGAUCCAGUCGCAAGAAACGUACCAUUUUGCAUCCGGGAAGAGUCAGAAAUGUGGCAAAAUGCUUUUCUUGCCAAGUGAAAAAAAAACUCCAAUGCGCUCUUUCCCUCACAAAAAGAGCGGGCGCGCUUUUGAAACGGAGUUUUUUCACUUGAAGAAGGAGGUAUUUUGCCACAUUUUUGAUACUUCCCGGAUGCAAAAUGGUACGUUUUUGCAACUGGAUCAGGUCCGCCACUAUAUAAGUCAUAGAGCGUGUUGUAUGGCGCUUUACAAGACCCCUAGAGAACUUUUCAACUCAGGACAACACCCUAAAUCCGGCCCUCUAUCAAGCCGUCUUGUACAAGAUAGAAACUCGCAAUAAUCCAAUUUUUUCAGCUGGACAACCUGAAAGACGGAGAACAAGUGACAGCGGGCUCCUCCUCAUGCAACUCCCGCCGCCAAACCACGGUGACCGCCGAGACGCCGCUGCGCGAACGUGCGCUAUGCAAAUUCGAAUACAUCUUGAACUAUAACCCCAAGGUGAGUUCGUAUCCCGACCGUAAUUAGCGAGCAACAUGUCAUUCGGCGCCGGUCACGCAAUGACUUUGUAAGCCGAGUAAAGGGCGGGCGAAUGCCUCGGAAACAUUUUGAAAUUAAAGAUCUAGCCCGAAAACGGCGAGUUUUGGCUGUAACAUGCACAUAUUCGAUGCAAAUACUUUAAUUUUUCAGCGAAUCCCCGCAGCAUUAACUGAAGUCAAAUGCUCCUGUCCGCGGCCCUCGACCCGACUGGUCGGGCGGCGGAUAUUCGAGUGCGAACCGCUCAAAUACCAAGUCCGCGUCCUCAUGUUCGACGAGGAAUGUCAGAGCUACGUGGAACAGACGGAGGAGGUCGCAUUGGGCUGUAUCCCCGUCGUGCAGGUGAGAAAUUUACAAAUCUGUCGCCUUACACACUAUAUUUCUAUUUCGCACCAUGUCACGCACUUACCGUAGUAGUCGUAUUCGCAUACGACGAAUACGGUAGUUAUAGUAAUUUUGGCCUAACCAGAGGUGGAUCAGAUCCGUUUACAAUGGCGGACCUGAUCCAGUGGCAAAAAACGUACCAUUUUGUAUCCGGGAAGUACCCAAAAUGUGGCAAAAUACCUCCCUCUUCAAGUGAAAAAAAAACUCCGAUUUCAAAAGCGCGCCCGCUCUUUUUGUGAGGGACCCUUCAAAACGGAGUUUUUUUCAGUUGGAGAGGGAGGCAUUUUGCCACAUUUUUGAUACUUCCCGGAUGCAAAAUGGAACGUUUUUUGCUACUGGAUCAAGUCAGUCACUGUAGGCCAAAAAUUACUGUUUAAUUUUCCCUAAAUCUUCUCUACAAUAGAUACAUGUCGUCUAGAUACGAUAUGUUUCUGUUUGCGAAAAUCUUAGCAUCGCUUUCCAACCGAAAGAAAACUUAUCGCCCUUAUCGCGUCGCGACAUUUCGAAUCCAAUUACCGUAGCCAAUUCCAAUAAAGAUCUCGGCACAAACCGAUUAAUUUCCUGGAAUCCGCGAAGCCCUUUGAAGCCAGGGAGAAAGCGCGGAGGAAACCUCGCAACUUUCGCACGCUUACGACAAAAAUCGGACCAAAUUUAAUCCGCUGGUCUUCGGCCAUUCGAAGACAUAAUAAAGGUGUUACGUGCGCAAGACGUAAAUAUUAUAGUAAUCUAUACGUUUUGGUGCGCAGUAGGAACAAAUUUUAGGCAAAAUCCGGAAUUUAUAAUUCGCGGCACAGUGCGAAAAUUUGAGGUUUAUUUUUCGCACCGUGCGAAAAAUUGAUUCAAAAAUUUUGCACCGUGCAAUUAAUGAAAUUCCAAAUUCUGCACUGUGCAGAAUUAGGAAUUUAACAAUUUGCACAAUGCGAAAUUUAAAAAUCAUUUUUUUCAUCUGCACGGUGCGAAAAACAACUUUUCAAAAUCUGCACCGUGCACUUUUUCAAACGACCUUUUCUCUCAAAAAAAUCGGAGAUUUUCCCUUUGGAAUUGCCACCAUAUUUACGUAAUAGCCCCAGGGGUUAUCCGACUAGACAUGAAGACCCUGCGCCGCACCGUGCCCGAACCCCAAACAAAAGUUUCCCUUGCACUGUGCAGUCAUCCAAAUUUUGUCUGGCUUCCGCACAGUGCAAGAAAAUACCAAAAAUUUUGUUGUAAAUCUCUUGUAAAUCGUAGUCAAUUCUUUCCUCGCACUGCCUUCAAACCCAACCGGUUACCCGAACAACAAUAUGAUUUAAGUUUCAGGCGAAUGUGAACAACGACGGCGACACCGAGGCCGACUUCAUGAUACCCAUCAAGGCGGAGGUGCCGAGCAAAUAG